AGACUGUGGGGUUGUAUGGGGAAGGGGGAAUGGAAAGGGGAAUGGGUGCCUGAUAAUUUGCUUCUCUCUCAUUCCUCCCUCUUGCAGAAAAAAAGGAGGGCAGCCACUGCCCGUCGGCAGCACCUGAAGAGUGCUAUGCUCCAGCUUGCUGUCACUGAAAUAGAAAAAGAAGCAGCUGCUAAAGAAGUGGAAAAGCAAAACUACCUGGCAGAGCAUUGCCCUCCUCUGUCAAUCCCAGGAUCCAUGCAAGAACUUCAGGAGCUGUGCAAAAAGCUUCAUGCCAAGAUAGAGUCAGUGGAUGAGGAGAGGUAUGACACAGAGGUGAAGCUACAGAAGACGAGCAAGGAGCUGGAAGACUUGAGCCAGAAGCUCUUUGACCUUCGGGGCAAGUUCAAGAGGCCGCCGCUGCGCAGGGUGCGCAUGUCUGCUGACGCGAUGCUGCGGGCCCUGCUGGGCUCCAAGCACAAGGUCUGCAUGGACCUCCGAGCCAACCUGAAGCAAGUCAAGAAGGAGGAUACUGAGAAGGAGAAGGACCUCCGUGAUGUUGGUGACUGGAGGAAGAACAUCGAGGAGAAGUCUGGCAUGGAGGGCAGGAAGAAGAUGUUUGAGGCUGGCGAGUCCUAAGCACCUCUCUACACCCGUCCUCCACUCUCUUCUGUCCCUGCUGUCUCCCCCGGGCCCAAGGGCACUGACUGGGUGCUGUUUCUCUGGUUUUGCGAAGAGCUGCACCUGGGCAGCAGUGGUGUAAAUAAAGCUUUGGUGGGAGAGGCGGGUGUUGCCUGCCUGGGGGGCAAUAACCCAACCCAUGCCAUGGUGCCAGAA